CACUGUCAUGGCUUCCUGAGCUGGUAGAUGUUCGUCCUCGACAGUCUUCUCAGAUAUAUCACAUUUCCUCGUGUAUUUGAGUAUAAAUUAGGGCGUUUGACGACACUUUUGUUACUGUAGUUCAAAUAGUUCAUCAUGGCGGGCAGCAGCACGGCUCAGAAAACAUGGGAGCUCUCCAACAGAAUGCAGGAAGUUCAGAGCAUCGAUGAAAUUUACAAAUAUGACAAGAAGCAACAACAAGAAAUCCUCGCUGCGAAGCCAUGGACGAAGGACCACCACUACUUCAAAUACUGCAAAAUCUCAGCUCUGGCCCUGUUGAAGAUGGUGAUGCACGCCAGGUCCGGUGGAAACCUGGAGGUGAUGGGUCUCAUGCUGGGGAAGGUGGAUGGGGAGACCAUGAUCAUUAUGGACAGCUUUGCUUUGCCAGUGGAGGGGACAGAGACCAGAGUCAAUGCCCAGGCUGCAGCUUAUGAAUACAUGGCUGCCUACAUUGAAAAUGCCAAACAGGUUGGCCGGCUGGAGAAUGCGAUUGGCUGGUACCACAGUCACCCUGGCUACGGGUGCUGGCUCUCAGGCAUCGAUGUCAGCACUCAAAUGCUCAACCAGCAGUUUCAGGAACCCUUUGUUGCUGUUGUGAUCGACCCCACUCGGACUAUUUCUGCAGGGAAAGUCAACCUUGGUGCCUUUAGAACCUACCCCAAGGGUUACAAACCUCCAGACGAGGGCCCGUCAGAAUACCAGACGAUCCCUCUGAACAAGAUAGAAGAUUUUGGUGUACAUUGUAAACAGUAUUACGCCUUGGAGGUAACCUACUUCAAGUCUUCCCUUGAUAGAAAACUCCUGGAGCUCCUCUGGAAUAAAUACUGGGUUAAUACCUUAAGUUCCUCGAGCCUCCUGACGAACUCGGAUUACACUACGGGCCAGGUGUUUGACCUGUCGGAGAAGCUGGAGCAGUCCGAGGCGCAGCUCGGCAGAGGCAGCUUCAUGCUCGGCUUGGACACGCACGACAGGAAGUCCGAGGACAAACUGGCCAAAGCAACACGAGACAGCUGCAAGACGACGAUCGAGGCAAUCCAUGGUCUGAUGUCUCAAGUCAUUAAGGACAAACUCUUCAAUCAGAUCAACACAUCUUCUAAUUAAAGCUGAGCCACAAGGCAAUGUGGGUUUUCACCUGGAAAUUAUUUUUUGAGCAUGCAUUUGGAUGGUUCACAGGUAUACGUAGCGUUCUCGUUGAAGUUAUUAUACAUCUUUUUUUUUUUGUCUUAGGAAUGUCUGAGGAUGCAAAAAAUAAAA